AUGUGCGCGGGCGCAGGCAUGGCGCGGCGGCUGGUGCUGAACGGUCUGACCGCGGAGGUGAUCGGCGGCGGCGCACCCGCGUCACCCGACUCGCUCGACUGCUACCACGAGCUCGAGUUGUACCGCCAGCUGCUUGCGCUGCCUGAGCCUUCAGACCCUCCACCUACCAACCCAGCCCAUGCCAAUCAGCGGCGGGCCCGCACGCCGUCUCCCGUGCGCACACGCCAAACAGAAUGCACUCCCGCGCCGCGCCGCGCGCGCACCCCGGCUCCGCGACGCGUUCCGACUUCGCCACUGUCGCCGAAGCCACCGUUGCUGUCACCGAAGCCGCCGUUGCCACCGCCGAAUGCGCAAGCACGCCCUGCAAAGAAUGUACAAAAGAAAAUGACCUUGAGACAAUCUUAUUCAAAACUACCAGACCCACACCCAGACGCGGACCCGGACCCGGAACCGGACCUGGACCCGGACACAUACCUGGACCUGGACCCGGACCCGGACUCAGACCCGGACCCGGACCCGGCCCGGACCCAGACCUAG